AUGUUCUUGUUUUCACCGUCACGAUCCAAGUAUCUUGAACCAAAUCCCAUUUCGUUUUCAACAGAAUCAGAAGAAUCAGAAGAGUUUGAGCUUUUCCAGCUGAGCACCUCCAAAUGGGCCAGUCUUCCGUUCAUCAGAGCUGAAGGAAGCACCAAAAGCGAGGAGGUUUUUGAAGAGGAAAAUGAAAAUUUGGAAGAUCUUUCGGAAGAAGAAAGUGAACUUCUUUUCAUGGGAAUUGUUCCAAAAAAACGUGUGACGAAAUUGGGGACGUUCUGUAAACGGUCUUGCAGUUCCCUAACAGCUGGUUUGUUGAAGAAGGAAUACCCAAAUUUGAACCAAAAGCCCUCCAUUGACUUACAAUCCUGUUCAGUAUCAAAGGUUUCCUUCAAGAUCCCAUCCAUGGAAACCACUGCUGAAUUGACUGAAUCCUCAGAAGAGCCAGUUUCCAACGUUCUGCAUCCUUCGGGUGAAAGCACCAACACACGGAGCCUUAUAUGGAGAAACCUUUCCUUCAGACGUCUUCUGUCCCACAAAAGUGAAGGUUCUUAUGGGAGUUUGAAGCAAGAGUCCAGAACAUCCACAUCCAACAAGGCCAGUAAGCCCAGAAGUACAGCAUUCAUGCCUCGCGCCUUUAGACUACAACCUCCAAAACGACCAUCAAAGACGUAUACGUGGUUGGGUCGAGCGGUGCUAAACUUCAGAAGCUCGGUGAACAUGAGGGCUGCUUCGGGCUUUGACUUCGGUGAUUCAAAUGCAUGGCCGGCAUGA